UGUGGAUUGGAGAUUUUGUAUUUUCUCGACCGGCACCGUCUCGCAACCUCAACACUACACCUGCUACUCACUAACACCCACCACCGCCGGCCCCUUGUGACUCUCGACCCUCAUCUAUUCGAGAAAGCCGCAGCCAUGAGUGCCUCUCUGAACAAGAUCGCGCCCAACAGCCCGUCGCGGCAGAAUCCCUCUGAGCUCGAGACCAGCAUCGCCGGUGCUCUCUAUGAUCUCGAGACCAACACAGCCGACCUCAAGGCCGCCCUCCGACCGCUGCAAUUCGUCUCCGCCCGAGAGAUCGAAGUUGGCCACGGCAAGAAGGCAAUUGUCAUCUUUGUCCCCGUCCCAUCCCUGCAGGGCUUCCACCGUGUCCAGCAGCGUCUAACCCGCGAGCUCGAGAAGAAGUUCUCCGACCGCCACGUCCUGAUCCUGGCCUCGCGCCGCAUCCUGCCGCGGCCCAAGCGGUCGGCCCGCUCGCGCAACACCCUUAAGCAGAAGCGACCGCGCUCCCGUACCCUGACCGCCGUCCACGACGCCAUCCUCGCUGACCUCGUCUACCCCGUCGAGAUCGUCGGCAAGCGUCUGCGCACCAAGGAGGACAACAGCAAGCUCCUCAAGAUCAUCCUCGACGAGAAGGAGCGCGGCGGCGUCGACUACCGACUGGACACCUACUCCGAGGUCUACCGCAAGCUGACCGGCCGGACCGUCACCUUCGAGUUCCCCCAGUCCGGCGCUACCGAGUACUAGAGCCGAGCGGGUGUUCGCGGGCAGCGUGCGGGCGGGCUAGGGUGAUCGCAUUGGCAAUCACCUUUCAUCAUUGAUUGGUAUGGCAUACGGCAUGGCAAUCCGGGUGGGCCAAAAAGGGUGUGGCACGGCGUCUAGAUAGCUUGUGGAACAAUUGACAAGCCGGUUUUCUGAUGACAAUUAAUACCCAUUGCGUUCAUCCUUCUUCAAC